ACUUGAGACUUCAGAUAUUGCGUUCCUAGUCAGUGUUCUGAAAGUUGACUGGGAAAGCCAGUCAACAUUUGCCUGAGUUGUUCCAAGUGCGGCGUGCAGUUAUUGGCUAGUGGUGAGUUUAGUUGCCAAGAUUUAUACGCUGCUACUGCACAAUGGCCCUCUGGGUGAUUCUGGCGAUUGUCUACCUACAGACUUCGAUUGAUUCCAUUCAAGCAGUAUGUACACCGUGCCCAUUCCAAUGGACUGAGAGUCAAAGCAACUGCUACAGGUAUUUUGAAGCAUCCUUAUCGUACAGAGACGCAGUCGAAUAUUGUCAGCAUUUCAGCCGUCCUGCUCGAAUUGCAUCCCUGGCGACGGUUACAAGUUUUAACGAACUGCUGUUUAUGUCGAAGUUUGUAGACGACAUCUUCAAGAACGCUUUUGCACCCGAUGUCCCAUCUCUCAUCUGGCUAACCAUAAACUCCAGGAACACCUCUGAAUUGGAGUUACCACCAAUCUUGCAUCAAUCAUUCAACAAGGAGAGUGACGUCAUACCUUGUGGGGAUAACCUCAUAAACAAUGAGACGUAUCAAGUAGGAGGAAAUGAAAGCGCUGUCUCAGUGGUUCCCGGGCCAGAGAGACUAGAUCAGACAUGCGCGGUACACGUGCCUGUUGAAUCAUUCAUAGAUCUGGGAGACUUUAGUAGGAGUUGUAUCUCGGAUCUUGACAGCUGUCACUCACACAGUGCGACAUGGACAAUAUGGCUAAAAAUUGACACGCCCCCACGCAAUUCAAGCUAUAGGGGUUAUUACUUGAGCUCGGGCGGACAAACGCAGUCGGCAAGAGGAAUUGUUUUCCUGUACAAUGCCGGCUCGUGUCAGUUUCAAUUCAUGGCAAGGUCCCAAAAACACGUGAUUAGUCGCAAUUAUACUAAGGGCAAAGUACCUUUGGACAAAUGGUUUCACCUGACAUUUACGGUUAACUCAAUAGGCAUGCCAAGCAUGGACUUGAAAGUUUAUGUCGACGGCGAACUGAUCCAGGCAGACGACAUGUCAGAUGCGAUCACUGAGGGUGGACGGUCGGAUGACUUCACACGUCUUUACCUGGGCAUGACAAACACGUGCACAGGGAAGUAUCCCGUUAGUCAAUAUGGCGGCUCAGCAGCGUACAGCAGUUUGGUUGUGUUUGAUGGUCUCCUUGGCAUACAGGAAAUACGCCAUCUGUAUGAAUGUAGAUCGAUAGGCAAACUGGUAAACAUCGCAACCGUAGAUCAUGCAACUAUUGGUCCUACCUUGUUGGCUACUGACGACACGGAACACCAAUUCAACAUGGAUGACGAGAAUACUGACAUUUUUUAUAACACACCACCAGCUACUGAUGGAUCACCAACGACCGGGCCUCGCUUAGAGCUGCAGGAAAACCCGUUUAUUUGUCAGUUGUGAUACAACCAUCUGUUUCUGACAAAAUAAUUUUGUGUCGUGUUCAAGAAAAAUAGAGAGGACUUGAAGAACUGAAGAAAUGAAAACUUAUUCAAAAUGAGAUGAUUGUAUGAUUUAAAUACAAUUAAUAAUUGUCAUUAUGUAAUUGCCUGUUUGAUUUAUAAUACGAUUUUAAAGACUUAGAAUCAGCUAGCGGAAGAAGUGUUCGAUAAUUAGAUGUUCUUUGCCUUUAGCCUUUAGUUGUCGAUAAAUAAUAAUGAAUAAUUGUUGAUGUGCUUUUAACAAGAGUUAAAGAAAAAAACCACAGUUGGCUUAACGAUAAAUAAUAAUUAACGAUUAACGAUUAAUAAUAAAUAAUGCGUUAUACGAAAGUCCUGUGCUUUUGGUGAUGUCAUUGUGAAUGCAGUUCAUGCGGCAAGCACGACCAAAUGACUUCUUCCAAAUAUCAGAAGUCGAGGAAAGAAAUUGAUCAAAUCAAUCUUUGUACAAUAAUGCAACAAGAUUUAUGAAUAGAAGUUUUGAAGUGUGACGUGCCUAUAUAGGUAAUGUCCUUACUUUAACAUACAAUUAAUGUUAUUUAAAUAAUAAAUAAUAUAAUAAAGUGUUCUUUGAAAUGUUUGCCCCUUUGUAUACUAGAUACAGUUGGGUUCAAUUUGGUGAAUGUAAUCUUGAUUAGAAUUAAUCUAAUGUCUCUGUGUACAAUUUUAAUGAUUGACCAAUUAACAGAUUGGUAGAUGAAUCGAUCAAGCAAUUGAUGGAAGGAUCGAACGACGAUCAUUUCUCCACACGUUUAUCUGAAUAAAGAGUAAGUAACACAAAAGCACAAUCCGAAUGGCACAUCAUUUGCAACAUAAAGCAAGACAAGCCAGAUCAUGUUUUGUCACAAAAAACGUAUUUAGUGAUCCUAAAUGACGCUUAAUUAUCCUACAGCAAAUAAAGGUUUAACUUAAAAU